AUUCGGUACCCGUAAUCAAAAGACACAGAACGGCCCAAAGGCUUCUUCACCAUCUUAGUUUGCUACUUUCUCUUUUCUGUCUUUUCGGAAUUGAAGUUUCAGUCGCAGUUCGCAAAACUUGAAGCCAUGGAUGAAGAUUCGGAUCGUCCUAUCAGGAUUAUGAACUUCGUCUCCGAAGACCAAUUGGUAGAAGCUAAAAAAACAAGAGGUGAACGAGUUGAAGACGGCACUGCCCAGAGGGAUAGACCUCUCUACGAGAUUCUAAAGGAGAAUAAGGAUAAAAAAGAUGCGGAAUUUAAUGAAAGGUUCAAGCACAGACCUCCUAAAGCUUUAGACGAAGAUGAGACUGAGUUUCUUGAUACUUAUGAAACAACAAGAAGGGAAUAUGAACGACAAGUGGCAGAUGAGGAAGCCCAACAAAUCCGAAGCUUUCAAGCAGCGGUGGAAGCACAGUCCAACAUCGUGCAUGAAGUAAAGGAAAAAACUCCAUUACCUGUCGUCCAGGAACAGAAGUCUGCUGGAAAGAAGAAUCCAGCCUCUGGCCCAUUAGGCAUGAUUAUAAAAGUCAAGCCUCAAGCUAAAAAAGCCAAGGUGGAUCAAGGAAAUGCUGAGGAAAUUUCAAAGGCAGGAAACACUCCUGUGAAUGAUAAGAGUAAGUCGUUGGAAACAGUACAGCCAUUGAAUGGUGAAGCUGAUAAGUCCCAAGUUGUUGCCCUAACUGGCCUUGUUUCGUACAGUGACGAAAGUGACGAGGACUUGUAAUUUUGUAUAUAUUUAUCUGAAGAAGUUUCGUGAUUUUCAUUACU